GCAAUAUGGCGUCUGCUUGUUGGUGUCGGAGGUUGCUGCUGCUGCGGCUGCUACUGCUGCUGCGGAUGUGAGGCUGACUGACGGUGACGGUGGUGUUGUUCUGCGACAGAGUCAGAGUGCGGCCUCAGGGCAGGUCGUGAUGCCUCGCGACUUGGACGGCGCCGUGGUGCUGCAAGGGCUCGGAAGAUCAGUGGAGCAAGUGACAAGGUGACAGACUCGCCAUGGGUGCGAAGGCAAGCACUGCGACCGCGAAUGCGAAUGGCGACGGGGUCGGGGGGCCCAUGGGGGGCCAUGGCCAUGGACCCAGCACCAGGUCCCGCACCUUCUCGGCCAGCAGCAGCGCCGAAGUGGUCGGCACGGGUGUCGCCGGCAGCGUGAGUGGCGUUGGCCACGUCCCCGCGGGCCUCAGCUUCCUCAGAGUGCACACGGACAGACAACGAGAGCGGGCACGGUCCUUGUCCAGUGUGCCGACCCUGGACAUGAGCAGCCCGACGGCCAUGGCCUCCACCAUGAGCCACGACAUGGCCCUGCACGGGCUGGCCCACGGCGUGCCCGGCAUGCCGCACGGCCACCAUGCCAUGGCGCACCACGGCGUCUACGACAUCUCCGAGUCCGCGGAGUCUGACAGCAGCUCGCUGUCGCACGAAGAGCACGCCCUGGACGGGCUGAACCUGGGCAGGGUGUACGCCGCGCACUCCCUGCCGACCAACAUCUGGUCACUCAACGGUAUCAAGUGCCCCGUUUGUUCGAAAUUCGUUCUCUCGGAUGACAUUGAGUGCCAUAUUGUCAUGUGUCUAACCAAGCCACGUCUUUCAUACAACGAGGAUGUGCUUACCGAUGAUAAAGGAGAAUGUGUCAUUUGUUUGGAGGACCUAUUACAAGGGAACACUAUAGCUCGUCUGCCAUGUCUAUGCAUCUAUCAUAAAAACUGCAUUGAUCGGUGGUUUGAAGUGAAUCGCUCGUGUCCAGAACACCCAGGUGACUAAGUACAGUUCAUCUACGGCUGUGUGUUGCCACCCAGGCUGUGUACCAGGCUAUCUUCGGCCUGCGGCUGUGCCUUCGGCUUUGUGGUUUCAAUUAAAUGUGUUCCUGAUUUGUUUUGAGGCCACAAACAACUUAGACUGAAGUGAGGACAGUACAAAAAUCUUGGUUGCUUGGCUUGGACUUACUUACAAGCAGCAACUCAAGCCUGCCCGCUCAAUAUUCAAUGUGCUAGUGAACUCAUGUGUGUGCACGAUUUUCUGCAAGUUCAAUGCCCAAGAAGAAGGAGAAGAAGUCCAAGAAACCAUUUAGUUCAACAGUAGUACUUUUGGAAAUAUUGUGGAUUCCUUUUUAUGUAUUUGCAUCACUUGUGCAACUUUUACCAGUUCAUGAUGGAUACUUUUCUUUCUUUCUUUCUUUCAUUUAUUUAAAUCGACUGAAUUGUGAAAAAAUUAUAGCUGUAUGGUGGAGGAAGAAGAGAAAUUUUCGUUUAGACAAAUGUUGUGCAGGAAAAAUAAACAUAAAUAUACAGAUAUAUAUAUUGUAUAAAAGUACAUUUGAUGGUUGAUUUCUGUUUGCUAAUUUAUCCAUUUCGUUCCUGUUUAUAUUGCAGCUGUCUUUGUCUACAAGAGCGGUAUUCGUAACACACGCGCUUUUAUUGAGUUCAAAUCUGUUUUGAGUAGGUUGUCGUGAGGUUUGGGGUUGGGGAUAUCUAGUUCCAUCAUACUGUUGUUCUUACUCAUUUUAUCGUUUGGUUUUAUUUUAUUUAAAAAUUUUCUGCUGUAUGUUAGAUUCUUCCUCUUACAUUAACUUCCAAACUGUUCAUUUGUGUGCUAAAAUCAAUGUGAUGUGAGGGUUGAUAAAUGUCUGCUGAUGCAGAUUUAAAAUUAAUUCUUAAUUCUCUUGCUAUGUUACUGAUAAAUGUUAUGGAUUUGUGACAGAAAUAUUUUGUUUAGCUAUUAUGUUUACCAUUGUUAUGAUUGUGAUUACUUUUACCAAUUUAACUUCUCAUUUGUUAUUGGACAUCAAUGUCCCUAAGUUUUAGUGCAGUAUAAUAAUGUAAUAUUAAAUGCAUUAAGUCUA